AAAAUCCUUUCUUUUUUUCUUUUUCUUUCUAUUUCCCUUUUUCUUUACCCUUUCCCCUUAAAACCCAUCGAACCUAGCAGUCGUCGCUAGGUUCCUUGGAACCUAGAUGUGGAUUCGUUGGAACCUAGGCUUGGGUUCGUUAGAAUCUAGGCAUGGGUUCCGUGGAAUCCAGUUGCUGAAUUCGAUGGAAUCCACACCUGAGUUCUUUCUUUCGAACCUAGUUAAGGGCCUCUCAUGGACCUACUACAAGUCCACUUGCCCCAGAGUUGAAUCCAUCGUCAGAAAGCAUCUCAAGAAGGUUUUCAAGGAGGACGUCGGACAGGCCGCCGGCUUGCUUCGUCUCCACUUCCAUGACUGCUUUGUUCUGGGAUGUGAUGCCUCGGUACUGCUGGACGGAUCGGCGAGUGGGCCAAGCGAGAAGAACGCAGUGCCUAACCUGACCUUGAGAGCCAAGGCGUUCGAGAUCAUCAACGACCUGCGCGAGCUCGUACACAAGGAGUGCGGAAGAGUCGUCUCCUGCGCUGAUCUUGUCGCACUUGCUGCUCGCGACUCUGUUUUCUUGACUGGAGGCCCAGACUAUGAAGUGCCGCUGGGAAGGCGGGACAGUCUAACCUUUGCCACAGAAGAGGCAACCUUAAACAAUUUGAUACCAGGUACAGCCAAUACCACCUUCAUUCUCAACCGUCUAGCCAUCAAAAAGCUUGACGCCACCGACGCGGUGGCCCUCUCCGGUGGUCACACCAUCGGCCUCGGCCACUGCAGCUCCUUCGAGGAACGUCUUUACCCCACCCGAGACCCCACCAUGGACAAAACUUUUGCCAAGGAUCUCAAGAAAGUCUGUCCCACUGAAGGCUACAACAACACCACCGUGUUGGACAUCAGGAGCCCCAACAAGUUCGACAACAAGUACUACGUUAAUCUUGUGAAUCGCCAGGGGCUUUUCACCUCCGACCAAGAUCUGUACACUGAUCCUAGGACCAAGGACAUUGUCGAGAGCUUUGCCGCUGAUGAGUCGCUGUUCUUUGAGAAAUUCGUGCAUUCCAUGCUUAAGAUGGGACAACUGAGCGUAUUGACUGGGAAGAAAGGAGAAAUUCGUGCAAAUUGCUCUGUGAGGAAUUCCGAUAAUAAGCUCUUUACUUCUGUGGUUGAAGACGAAGCCGAGGAGGCCUGGUCUGAGUUGAAAUGAGGGUUGUUUAAUUUGGAUGUUUAAUUUCUAGCUACAUUUUCCUGCGUUUUACUAAUGUAUUUUAUUUGCAAGUGGAGGUUUGUAACUUUGUAUCAUCUUAUCUUUGAGCUAUGGUGAAUUAAUUGCCUCUACAAUU